GCUUUUCUCCCGUCCAAUCGUAUUUUUUUCUGCCAAAAUUUUCUCAUUCAAUACGGAUAUGGACCAAUAUCUGACUAUGUAGAAGAUUGGCCAGCAAAAAACACUUCAAGUUCUUCACAACGACGGAAAAAAG